GUUGGCAAGAGAAGCAGCAAAUGCGAGGAAACAAGAAGAGCUUCGGUUAGAACAAGAACGUCGUGAGAAAGCAGCCAAGAAUUCUUAUGAUUCAAUCUUUGAUGAGGCCAAUAUGCGUAGUAAUUAUCAAAAUGUAGCUGAUGGUGAAGAAGUUGAUUUAGAAGAAGAUUUCAUGUAA